UGGGGUUUACUUUUUUGUAGACUACAUCCAUGUGAGACAUUUAAUCAUUUAUUUGGUAAAAAAAUUGAUAUUCCUAGCAUACUCAAAGAGGAAAGAGAGAUGGAAUCCAGAAAUUAAAAGCAAAGGAAUGGGAAAUAAACCAUUUGAAAUUUAAUUCAGGUGACAAAAAAAAUAGAGGCAUGGGUCAGUGCUUUGGCCAAUAAAGAAAACUCUCCCCAUAAUGCUCUGAAUUUUAUAUUUGGAAGCAUUCAAAGAAUUUCCAAGAUUUUGACAACUCCCUGGUCCCAAUAGUAAAUUUUUUUUUCCACCAUAAUUUUGUCAUCACCAACUCUUUUAAAUGAUGCUCUUGCCCCCCUCCCUAUUUCACCAAGCCCACCUCCCAUUCCCAAUAAGCAUAACCAGGGCAGAGAGAGAGAGAGAGAGAGAGCUGAAAUGGCUGCAGACCAAAACCACAUAUGUGACAAUGCAGAUGAAGACUACAUAGAUAUGGAAGUGAGCUCAAACUCCAACUUCUUCUACCAAUCCAUAAGCUCACCUCCACAUGCCCGAGAGUUCGAGUUCCAAAUGUUUUCAAGCUCUUCUGAGAGAGAAACCACCACUUCACCGGCCGACGAACUCUUCUACAAAGGAAAGCUCCUCCCCCUUCACCUCCCACCGCGUUUACAAAUGGUCGAAAAACUACUUCAAAACUCCAUCUCUUACAAUCACAAAAACACAGAUGAUGGCUUUGAAGAACAUUUUAGCACUCCAUUGACAACCACAACCUACACCACACCUACAGCCAAUACCCCAUUCGAGUCCUGCAAUAUCUCUCCAUCAGAGUCUUGCCAUGUCAGCACAGAACUCAACCCAGAUCAGUAUUUCUUCCAAUACUCAACUGAAGUGAGCGGUUUCAUUGGUGACAACCCAAAAAAGUCCUGGACCAGAAAGCUUAAGCUGAUCAAACAGUCCACAAUUGGUUCAAAGUUAAAGGCUUCCCGGGAUUACCUCAAGUCUUUGUUCAGUAAAUCUGGCUGCUCUGAUGAGUCUUGCGCGGCUGCUCCAAGAAACUUGGAUGAAGGAUCGGUUUCAAAGACCAAGGAGUACGUGAAGAUGGCGAAAAAGACCACCCCAUUCGGGCAGAUUCACUUAGAGAGGUACCAAUUGCCAAAUACUACUGCCACAAGGAGCUUCAACAAAGAAAAAUUUGCUGCAGAUACCCGUGCUCGCCACAGAAGAUCAUUUUCUGGGGCGAUCAAACGGUUUUCAACAACUAAGUCUUCUUCUUCGUCGUCUUCUUCAUCUGGGUCUUCGUCUUCUUCAAGCUCGAGUAAUUCAAAUUGGUUCCACGACUCGCACUUUCUCAAGAGAAGCAGCAGCAGCGUGGGUUUGGAUAUUGAGAAUUCGAUUCAGGGCGCGAUUGCUCAUUGCAAAAGGUCACAACAGGAGUUCCAUUCCAGAAAAACUGUAAAUGAAAUUGGUUUCUGUUCAUUGUCGGCUUCAAGAGUAGUCCGCGAGGAUCAAGAAAGGCCAGGACUUUGCAGAGGUUGAAGAUGUGUGACAGAAAACAAGAGAAAUGGGAGUGGGGGAACAAGAACAAGAACAAGUACAAAAGUUAAACACAUUUUGAUUGGGUUAUGAGAUGUUUUUCCCUUUUUCCUUUCAUAAUUUUGCGCAAUGUGAAUCGUUUGAUUCAGCGCGAAGUUCAGAAUUGUGCAGGGCUGUCCUGUACUGUUAGGCAAAACCAUGUUAAAAGUUUCUGAGUGCAGAACAGAAGUUACUUUUCCUAAAACAAAACUAUAAGUACAACUUUAUGCUUUAAAGUU